UGCCGAAUGAAAAAUGUAUGUAAAUAGCUACUGGGAAUUUUGUACUUGCUAAGAUUGUUACAGUGAAAAAAUUGGUAAAUUUUUUAUAGCAUUUUUUUUUUUUAAAUUAGGCAUUCUGUUGGCAUGAAACUGUCAAGGAUGCUUAUGAGAGCCUUUUAACUGUAGUAUAUGUGGAAGACAGGAGAGAUAUGUCUGAUGAUGAAAAAAACAAAAAGCAACCAUUAAAUUCAUCAUUAUUGAAAGGUUUUAUUGCUGGAGUUUUGUUUUCACAUAUAAACAAAAGAUUUGUCAUUGGUGCACUUAUUGGGACACUUGGUGGAAUGUUUGCAGAACAAAAUUAUAAGGAACUUCCAAACAUAAAACUAAUAGCCAAUGAGUGGAUUGAACAUAUUAAAGAAGGAAGUAAACCAAGAAAAUAAAAGUUGUAAUGGAAUCUUGUUCAAAACUGCCUGUUACAUCUUUAAAAAUAUUUAAUAAUUUACUAUUAACAGGUCAAGGUUCAAAACUGGUUAUAUAUUCCUUAAGUUCAAAUAAGAAGUUAAGUAGUACAAAGAUAUUUAGAAGCAGUCGUGUUCACAAAAUAUGUGGUGAAAAUGAAAAGAAACUUUCAACAAACUUUGUAAUCUUGGGGGCCAGAAGUGCUCGAUGUGUGAGAAUCUCAUUUACUGAGGAUAAAGCCAGUGUAUCUGUUUUAAGUGAAGAAAAUAUUUUUAAAGCAUGGAUAUGGGAUGGUGUAUGGUGUAGCGAUGAUACCAUUUUGUUUAUUUCUGCUCACAACACAACAUUUAUAUGGCAUCCUUUUUCUGGUAAAAACACAUUAGUUUCUAGCUGUACUCAGCAAUGUAUAUUAUACUCUGCUACUUUUGGUACCGUGAAUAGUAAUACAGUAGUGGCAGCCGGGACUGUUUUCAAUCAGGUUUUGCUUUGGAAACCUAAACUUAAAGAUUACAUAAAGGAGCACAGCUUUGUACCGAUUUAUAAGAAGUUUGUUGGUCAUGAGGGUGUAAUAUUUGGAAUUCAGUUUCAUUCAACAUGUCAGCAAAUUAUGUCCGUAUCUGAUGACCGCAGCAUUCGAUUAUGGUCCAUUCAAGAUGAAACAUGUAUAAGGGUUCUCUAUGGUCACGCUGCCCGUGUUUGGGAUGCAAGAUAUUGUGAUAGUGGUAUUGUUAGUGUUGGUGAAGAUUCAGUAUGUCUUGUGUGGAACCUUGAUGGUCAAGUAGUCAAAAAAUACAGUGGUCACAAAGGCAAAAGCAUUUGGAGUUUGGAUGUAUCAAAAAACACUAUUGUUACGGGUGGUGGUGAUGGUGGUAUUAGAAGGUGGGACACAUUGGAAGAACUCGUCAUACGUAACGGACCUUCGUUAGAGCUUUCUAUACCAACUGAAUCUGACGAUUUUCCACGCUCUAUCAAGUUGUGUGGACAUGAUGCGAUUAUGACGUGUACAAAUGAAGGUGUCGUGUGGAAGUAUGUUCUUUCAUCAAAAACAUGGACAAAAAUAUAUGAUGAUAAAAAAUUUCAAUCCUAUUGCUGUUUCGAUAUUUCUAGUAAUUUGGUUGCCAUGGGGAAUCUUAAUGGUGUCGUGGUUGUUUUUUUUAUUGAUAAUGCUAACAUUUUCUGUGUUAAAAAGAUAUGCAGUGGAAAAAUCUUUAGUUUAACGUGGCUCCUACAUAAUACAGCUGUUUUUCUGCUUCUCACUGGACCUGAAGGUGAAAUAAAGCUGCUUGCUGUCAAGAAAACGUCCACCUCCGUAACCAUCGACAUCAAAGUUUCAUUUUCAUUACCCCAUUCGCGACAAAGAUGGGUUUCUGCAGCCAGCCUGGUGAAAUACAGAGAAAAAAAUUUGGGGGAUGAUUUUUUGUUAGUGUGUGGGGACAGGAGAGGUUCUCUCCAUCUUUAUGAGCAGACUUCUCAGGACCCCAUACAAUCAAUAUUGGGAGUACAUGGAAAAACUGGUGUUACACAAGUUAUAUCUGUGGAUGGUUGCGUGUAUACAACAGGACGGAAUGGUGUUUAUCAGAAAUAUGAAGUAGAUCCGAUCAAGAAAUCUAUGGUGUUGCUUGAUAAGCAAAAGGCUUGCAAAGGAAUGGAUUGGAUUGAAGGUAUUUGGCUCAAUGAGGAUGAUGUGAUUGUCUAUGGUUUUUACAUGCAAUCUUAUUUCGCGGCUUGGAGCAAUCAAUCAAACGAACUGCUAUUUAAAAUCAAAUGCGGAGGAGGGUAUCGAUCUUGGGAUGUUCUCUUCCCUACCGCCGAUUAUAGAAUUUUAUCAUUUGCCUACUUAAAAGGUGCCAUCAUCAAUGCAGUUUCAUGUACUUGGAACACGAAAAGUCAUGGUCGAACUAUCCAGGAAAAUCUACAUGGUCGUGAAGUGUUGUGUAUGAAAAUAAUAGGAUGCACAUCAGUUGAGAAUGAAAAUCAUUACUUGAUAGCAACUUGCAGUGAAGAUACGACCAUCAAUUUUAUGUUGUAUAAUCCGGACAGCCUAUCCCUGACCGGCAUACACACCGCCACCGGUCACAUUGGAGGUAUAAAAGAUAUAUUCUUUUUACCCACAUCAAAGCAAGCUACAAACACACUGGAAGGUUUUUUUAUUUCUUGUGGAAGUCGAACAUCUUUGAAAGUUUGGUUUUUGAAAGAUUACAUGGUUUCUUCAUUCGUGCUUGCUCACAGCAAUAGUCCUUUACUAAGAAAUAAUAAAACAUGCAUGCUUGAUAAAAACCAGGGCGAUGUACAAAAUGGAACCAAUGACGCUAUUUUACAAAAUAACUUCCAAAGUACUAUACAUUUAGAAAGAUGGAAUAAUGAUUUUCAGAAAGAAAACCGUAGUGUUGAUAAUUUUCAAAGUAAUAUAACGUGUGGUCUUGUUGCGGAAAUUUUCAAUCCUGAAACGACCAUGAAGAAAGUGAAGUUAAAAAAUCAUGACUUGGUGGAUGACAUGAGAUUUUUAUGUUGUACUGCUUUCAUGUUGUCGGAUGUUUUUUCCGAUAUGUGGACGUCAGGUGUGAUGUGCUGUGUUUGCGCAUGCUCGGACGGUUUUGCCAGGAUAUACACGUUUUACAAUGCUACAUUCGAACUAUUAGCGACGUUGGACUUUCAUAAACAUUGCGUGCAAACUGUCGCUCAUUGUAACACUAAUGAGCGAUGUGUCGUUUUUACGACAGCUGCAGAUGGUAGGAUUGCGAUCUGGGAUGUUACGAAAGUGUUGCGAGAAUACCUCGAUAACUUACUGGAGCGUGAAGUUGCAACUUCUACAUUUGGACAUGAAAAUGUAACUACCGUUAAUCAUGUGAACCAAAACAAAUUUAAAUUCCAUGACAUUAAUACACCGGUAUUCAGUCUUACACAACCUAGCUGCUCCAUUAAAGUACAUCAAUCUGGGGUAAACGCAUUGGACGUUUUUGAAACUUCAACAGGGUUCUUGUUACUGUCUGGUGGGGACGAUAACGCAUUACACAUGUGUAAAAUUGAAUGUGACUUACAUGAAGAGACAAAGUUUUCUCAAAUACAUGCACAUAUAUCAUCUAUAUCAGCUGUGAAAAUCAUUAACGAUAAGCUAUGUGUAUCCACCAGCAUUGAUCAGCGAAUCAAAUUUUGGAAAAUGACGCCAUCUCGAUUCGUUCUGGUUCGUGAAAUCCUAUCAGAUGUUGCCGAUAUCAGCAAUUUGGAAAUUUGGAGCGACAGGCGGUGCAUUUAUGUCGGAGUAACUGGAAUUGGGAUCGAAAUUUUCAAACUAAGCUGCGAAGAACUAAUUUAGUAGUUGAAGUUUUAAAACUUUUUACAUGUGAAAAUUUUUGUAAAAAUAUUAGAAAUAUAUUUUUAAAAGCAA